AUGACUCCAGACACCCAUGAAAUCAGCCUUAGAUGUAAGAAGAUAUAUCUGGAUCUCUACAAACAGAAUAUCACAGAGGGAAGCAGGAAUUUCAAGCGAUACUUUAAAUCUCUUAAAGCUAAACCAACUGUUGUUUUUAUAGGAGCGUUGGGAGCGCCAUUUUUGUUGGAGGACCCAGCAAACCAGUUCCUACAUCUCAAAAGACGUAUAUAUUUGCAGGAUUACUGGGACCCAGAUCAGAAUCCAAAUAUGUGGGGCAACUCGCUGGCUGAUCAGGUUCAUGAAACAUGGACUGCUUUGAAAACAACAGCACAGUAUUAUCUGAAUGUGAAUGCCUUCACUUCUGACAUAUCCACUGCCCAGUAA